AUGGCUUCCCAAUUUCGAUCUGUCAAUAAAUGGAAAUAUGAUGUUUUCCUGAAUUUUCUACGGGAAGACUUCAACGAAAACUUUGUUACCGAUCUUUAUGAACGUCUGGAAGACAUAGGAAUCAAGACAUUCAAACACGAUGACAGAUCUGCAAGAGGAGUGCCAAUUUCGACAGAAAUCUCAGGAGCUAUCGAGGAAUCAAGGAUUGCCAUUACAAUCUUUUCCGGGAAGUAUGCAUUAUCCAGACGGUGCUUGGAAGAAAGCACUAAGAUCAUGGAGUGCGUUGACAGCCACGGACAGGAAUUCUUCCCGGACUAUCGCACAGAGCCAUCAGUAGUAUCACUCGAGUUUGAUUACGGAAAUUACGACGACGCUCUCUCUAAAGCAUCCGACAUUGCGGGAUUUAAUAAGUAUUAUUAUUAUUAUGGUUUCGAACCUAUCUGUUGGUGA